GAGAGAGAGAAAAAAAGAAAGAGAGAGAGCGAGAGCUGAGUCACAGAGCGGCCCGUCCUGACAGCACCGGAGUUCGGCGCGGCUUGGCUCGGCUCGGCUUGGCUUGGCUCGUUCGGCCCCACAAUGCUCACCAUCACCCUGAAAACUCUGCAACAGCAGACCUUCAAGGUGGAGAUUGACCCCGAGCUAACGGUAAGAUCAUUGAAGGAAAAAAUUGAAGCUGAGAAGGGCUCUGAUGCUUAUCCAGCUUCUGGACAGAAGCUUAUUUAUGCAGGUAAAAUCUUGAAUGAUGACAUCCCCUUGAAGGAUUACAAGAUUGACGAAAAGAACUUUGUUGUUGUUAUGGUGACAAAGGUGAGACACUAUCUGUCAAAAAUCUCACCUCUCCGCCUCCUCCCCCCUCCUCCUAUUGCCCCCUUGCCAGACGUGGCUAGCGUUCCCGUAGCAGCAAUUGACUUGCCAGGGGAUGCCACACCUUUGCCCUCUAGUACACCUCCUGAAGUGAUCCAGCCGGCUGAGGUGACACCCCUCAUCACCCCGCCAGCCUCCAGCACUGAAUCGUCUGUCCGACUCCCAGAGACGGAGGAGCAGCCACCAGAAGAGGCAGAGGCGCCUUCCAGAGGUUCAGAAGAAGACUUCAGUCUUUUAGAAGAGGCAGCGUCAAUAUUAGUUACAGGACAAGCCUAUGAAAACCUGGUCACCGAGAUCAUGUCAAUGGGCUAUGAGAGGGAACAGGUGAUUGCAGCUUUGAGAGCGAGCUUCAACAAUCCAGACCGGGCAGUGGAAUACCUAUUGACGGGAAUCCCAGUGGAGCCAGACCUCCCGCCUCCAGAGGUGGUCCAUCCUGCACCAGUUUCUAAUCCCACGGCAGCGCCAGCUGAGAGAACGCCCCCUGCAGCAAGAGGUGUGGUGUCAUCUUCCACGAACCCACUGGAGUUUCUGAGAAAUCAGCCACAGUUCUCACAGAUGCGACAGAUCAUCCAACAGAACCCAGCGCUCCUGCCAGCCUUGUUACAGCAGCUGGGCCGAGACAAUCCUCACCUGCUACAGCAAAUCACACAGCAUCAAGAGAGGUUUGUACAAAUGUUGAAUGAACCUUACGGAGAACCUGCAGAGGGGGCUGAAGGUCAGGGGACGCAGCAGACCAAUUACAUCCAGGUCACCCCUCAAGAGAAGGAAGCCAUCGAGAGGUUGAAAGCAUUGGGCUUCCCAGAAGGCUUGGUCAUCCAAGCAUACUUUGCCUGUGAGAAAAACGAGAACCUGGCGGCCAACUUCCUCCUGCAGCAAAACUUUGAUGAUGAGUAAAAAACAAAAACAAAAAAAUCCAGAAGGGCAAAGAAGUGACGAGAGGGUGUUCGAGAGAGAGAGAGAAUUACGAGCGAACAUGGAACGUCAACGGGUAACGAGGAAGAGGAGGAGGACACGCAGAUUCAGCCGUCAUGUGUUGACACCCCCACCCUAUCCCUCACCUCCCUCACCCCCCCAAGCCUGUCUCAACCCGGAGGGGAGAAAAAAAAGAAAAGCUUGCCUGUAACGACACACUGGACCACUGUGUUUUCUCACCCACACGCACAGAUGGACCAUUUUACAAUAGGAGCGUUGCAGUCGUCUCCUCCUGUCCUUUUUUUAAGUUAUUUUUAAUCUGCACAUCCCCAGCGAGAGAGAAAGAGAUCCACAAAUUUUUGGGGGUUAGGUGGGGCACUGGCCGGGUUUGACAUGCUGAAGCUUUGCUGAAAACAAAA